GCGCACCUUUGCCGAGAGCAGGAACUGUCCGUUCAACCGAGCGAAAUAUUUGCAAGCCGGUUCUGUGUUUUGGCAUACCGAUUUAUUAUUUAGCCGGAGUAAAACUCGUGUCGGAGUUAAGCCAAGUGAAAUACCAGUGCAGAGCCAUUGCGGCGCUUUCAUCGUCACUUGGGCGAGUAGAAAACGUCAUUCUGAAAAUUUUCACACUGUGAAAUUUGCCUUCCUUGCUCCACAGACAAGUGAAACCAAAGAAAGGUCGUGCGUCAACAUGGAAGCUGCCGGAGUGGCGUCAGAGAUGCGGCACUAUCUGUUUGUCUAUGGAACUCUGAAGAGUGGCGAGGUGAACCACAACAUCUUGUGUGACACCAACAACGGUCGCUCUACGCUAGUUGGCCAGGCGAGGACGCUCAAGAAAUGGCCGCUAGUUCUCGUAUCCUCGUUUGAGCUACCUUGUCUGCUGCCUUGCGAUGGUGUGGGCCACGAGGUGUGCGGUGAGGUGUACCAAGUGGAUGACCGGAUGUUGGCCGUCCUCGACCGCCUCGAGUCGCAUCCCGACAUCUACGUUAGGUCGCUGGAAGACGUCGGGUUGCUUUCGCAGGCCGGCGGCGAGCUCAAAGCGUGGAUCUACUUCGUGCGCAAAUUUGAGCGAGAACUGCUGUCGCUUCCUUACGUGGUUAACUACACCGGAAAACCAGGAAUCGAGUGGCCAGACUAUAUCGGCGACAAUGAGCAAACAGGACGCUUCCUAGACGCCACAUACACAUCGUCACAAACGGGGACGGCAACUAAGAUGUCCGCCUACCAGUCGUGGUAUAGCCUCCGCUACCUGCUCAGCCCACCUCAGGACUCGGUCCUGCAGGGUGGGAUCGGAGCAGAUCCCACAGAUCCUCGCUACUACUUAAUGGUUUGA